AUGAUGAAGAAACAAAUGUAGAUUUUGUAGAAAACAAAUAAAAAGUUUCAAGAAUUACUAUAAAAAUAAGUCAAUUUUAAAAUAAAUUAAGAGAACUAAAUUACUCCAUUUAAUAAAUUAGGCCAAUUCAAAAUUGAAGGAUGGCUUGAUUGUUAACAUACUAAUACAAAAACUUAUUUAAAUUAGUGUGAGCUAAACAUUAAAUCGAAUGAAUAGGAUAAAAUCUAUUUAUUUAGUUUAAAUCGAGAAGUAAUUAAAUUGUUUACUUAUUUUUAGAUUGGUAGGUUUCAAUACAAAGGGGAAAAGACUUUAUAUUAUCUUCUAUAUGAAAAAUUCUUAGAAAUUCAUGUUGAAGUGAAUGAAGAUAUAUAGAAAUGCUCAUCUAAUAAAGAAUUUAAUGUUGUUCAAAUUUAAGUUGAAAUAAACCUAUUUGUUAACCCAUUUCUAUUUAAUCAAGAUAAUACUAUAUCUGAAUAAUCUAAAAUUAAAUUCAUCCUUGCUAUAUUAGAACUUCAAGAAUUAAUGAAAGCAUCCUUUUUAUUUUACUUAUAUCCAAUUGAAAAAAAAAUAUAAUUAUAGGGUCCUUGUUACUCUUAAAAUAUUAUUUUGAAAUGGAUGAUAGAAAGAGAAAAAAACUUAAGUUCAAUAUCUGAUCAAAAAUUUAGAGGUGGAGUAUUUGUUGAAAUUGAAUAAGGCUAUAUUUUUGAUAGAUUCUAUGAUUUAAUCAAUCACAAAGCAAGACUAUAAGCAAGAAAGAGUUAAACAUUAAUAAUUACAUUUGGUGAAUCAAUUGUUGAAUAGAAAUAAUUAGAUAUUCGUCGAAAAUAUCCAAACCUUAGUAGUUUAUGUAUUAAUGAAGGAACAAUAAUUAAUAAUUUUUUACAAUUUGAUUUUGUUAUUAUCUCAAUCGAUUAUGUAAAAAGAUAAUAUGAUCAGUUUAAGUUAUAGCAUUUGAAUACUAUUUUCUCUUUUUAAUGGAAAAGGAUAAUUGUUGAUUUAAGUAUUAUAGAGUCUCAAUUAAUCUACAAUUUGUAUUUUAUAAAUUUAUUAAACACUAAAUACAAGUGGAUAUAUUUAUAGAAAUUUGAUGAAUAAGUUAAAAGAACAUCUCUUAACUUUAUUUUAGAUUUCUUUAAUUUAGAGAGGAAAGCAUUUGAAAAAUAUUUUGCAAUAGAAAAUAAACCUUAAUAAGUAAAAAGACGUCUUUCAAAUAUUGCAACACAAUAAUAAUAAAUUCCAUUAUCUUAAAUAUCCAUAAAGAGUUAGAUUAUUUUAGUUGAUUUGAAUUAUGAAGAAUUAUAGUAAUAUAAUGAAAUAAGAUAUUAGAGGUUGGAAAAUGAUAUCAUAGAAGUAUAUGCUUAAAAGUUUAACUCUUUAAGAUAAUUAUGUUCUUUAGUUUAGUAAAAUAAAGAGUAAAAGUAUUGCAGUAUAUGUUUCAUACCAUUACAAGACUAUUAUGAAUAUUAGAUGUGUUCUCAUAAUUUUUGCCAUUAAUGUUUGCAACAUGCAUGUCUAUUAUGUGAUAAGAUUAUAAAUGAGAAUUAAUUUAAAAAAUGUAAGCUAUAAAAUACAUUUUAUAAUUAACAAAGUGUGGAAAAUAAACAGAUUAAACUAAUUCAAUUGAUAUAAAAUUUAAAAGGGAAAAUUGUGAUCAUCACACAAUAUCCGAAUAAAUUAGAAUAACUUAUAAAUAAUUCUACUCUAAGUUUAUACAAUGUUUAAGUAAAUAUAUCAAUAUUAUUUCUUAGAAUUUAUCAUCCGAAUUAGAAUUCGAUAGAAUAACAUAGUCAAUUAAUGAAUUUGAUGAGGAUAACAAAUAGACAAUUUUAAUCUUAAAUCCUAUAAUAAUAAGGGAAAAACUAAUUAUUAUAAAAUCUGCUCAUUAUCUAAUAUUUUAUGAUCAAAUUUGGUAUUGAUAAAUUAUUGAUUCUUAAUAGGGAUUUUAACUAAGAAGAGAGUAUAAUAUAGAAAUUAUACAAUGUUAGAGCCAUUUUUAAGUUGAUUGUCAAAGGAACUGUUGAAGAGCAAAUAGUCUUUCUUCAACAUUUGUAAAGCAAUAAAACAGGUAGAGAAGGUGUUCUAGAAAAUUAAAAUUUAAUUAAGACAAUACUUCAAUAUUAAUAAUAAUGA